GGCACCGAUGGUGCUCACGAUUGAUGUAAAUGGAACAAAACAAGACGUUGUUGUUGCUGUUCAAAAGAGUGGUUUUGCUUGGGCGUUGCACCGCGAUAACGGCAGGCUCAUUUGGUCUACGGAAGCUGGACCAGGUGGGGUUGCAGGAGGUGGAACAUGGGGAGCAGCAAGUGACAAAGAAAGGGUAUAUAGUAACAUUGCAAAUUCAGAUGGCAAGAACUUCACUCUUAAACCAUCGAACAAGACUACUACUAGUGGAGGGUGGGUGGCAAUGGACGCAAGCAGUGGCAAGAUCUUGUGGUCCACAGCAAACCCUAGUAAUGCCACUGCUAGUGGUCCUGUUACUGUAGCUAAUGGCAUUGUCUUUGCUGGUUCAACAAAUCAAAAAGGACCUAUUUAUGCAAUCAACGCUAAGACUGGCCAAAUUCUAUGGUCCUAUGAGACUGGAUCCACAGUGUAUGGUGGCAUGUCCGUCAGUGAUGGGUGUAUAUAUUUUGGAAAUGGAUAUAAGCUAGCUAUUGGAUUGUUUCUUGGAAAUUUUACUUUUGGUACUUCACUUUUUGCCUUUUGUGUCGUCUAA